AUGGCUCGCACAAAGCAGACUGCUCGAAAGUCCACUGGCGGCAAAGCCCCGCGAAAGCAGCUGGCCACCAAGGCCGCCCGCAAGAGCGCCCCGGCCACCGGCGGCGUGAAGAAGCCUCACCGCUACCGGCCAGGCACCGUGGCGCUGCGCGAGAUCCGGCGCUACCAGAAGUCAACCGAGCUGCUGAUCCGCAAGCUGCCGUUCCAGCGUCUGGUGCGCGAGAUCGCGCAGGACUUCAAGACCGACCUGCGCUUCCAGAGCUCGGCCGUCAUGGCUCUACAGGAGGCGAGCGAGGCCUACCUGGUGGGUCUGUUUGAGGACACGAACCUGUGCGCCAUCCACGCCAAGCGGGUCACCAUCAUGCCCAAGGACAUCCAGCUUGCCCGCCGCAUCCGCGGGGAGAGGUUGCGAGAAAGGAAGUAUGAACUGCAGUUUCUAACGCAGUUUCCUGGGAUAGAACUGUUGGAGCCCUUCUUGCGUGCGAUCAAGUGUGAGAACUUAUUCGUCCCGCUCCUCUCAUCUCCUGACAUGGCUCGCACAAAGCAGACCGCUCGCAAGUCCACCGGCGGCAAGGCCCCGCGCAAGCAGCUGGCCACCAAGGCCGCCCGCAAGAGCGCCCCGGCCACCGGCGGCGUGAAGAAGCCCCACCGCUACCGGCCCGGCACCGUGGCGCUGCGCGAGAUCCGGCGCUACCAGAAGUCGACCGAGCUGCUGAUCCGCAAGCUGCCGUUCCAGCGUCUGGUGCGCGAGAUCGCGCAGGACUUCAAGACCGACCUGCGCUUCCAGAGCUCGGCCGUCAUGGCGCUACAGGAGGCCUGUGAGGCCUACCUGGUGGGUCUGUUUGAGGACACGAACCUGUGCGCCAUCCACGCCAAGCGCGUCACGAUCAUGCCCAAGGACAUCCAGCUGGCCCGCCGCAUCCGCGGGGAGAGGGCAUAAAU